UUGCUUGUGUCCCAUAUGACGUCACAUACCUAUUGUUUUCAGAGGUUGAAGGAAGCAGAGAGGCAGCGGGUAGAGAAGUUGGAGAAGUUUGAGAAGAAAGCAGAUAUGCAACUAGAGAGGCAGUUAAUCAUGGCUUCCUGCUGGAGCCGCACUUUGCUCACUCUACAGGGAAAAUUGAAGGGUACAGAGUGGGAUCCUGAGAACUCUCAUAGAAUUGAUUUUAGUGAAUUUUGGAGACUUCUUAAUUCGAAUAAUGUUCAGUUCAUGGAAUACUCAAACUUUGGCCAGACCAUUUCUGUUAUUUUACCAUAUUACAAAGAUGGAGGAGAAAAAGAAAACAAUCCCAAUAGAGAAAUAGUAUUUCACCGUCAUAUUGUUGAUAAAAUGCCUAUUGAUGGAUGGAAUGAUGUUUGGAGUAAGUUGCACGAACAACUGGUAAAUGUUGAUGUUAUUAACGUGGAUGCUGUGCCUGCUGAAGUCUACUCUACUAUUGCAACUGCUGUUGUAUGGUCAAUGCGUUUUGCCCUUUCAGUUGGUAUAUACCUAUUGAUCGAUAGCGUGACAAGGCCAAUUUAUGCCAAGCUGAUUCCCUGUGACCUUGGAAAACCUGAAAAAAAUGCAAGGCAGCCCCUCAAGCGUCGUGCUCUUGGAUCCCUAGGUAAAAGCAGGGCGAAGUUCAUAUCUGCAGAAGAAACCACCGGCGUCACAUUUGAUGAUUUUGCUGGCCAAGAGUACAUAAAAAGAGAAUUGCAAGAGAUCGUGCGAAUCCUUAAAAAUGAGGAUGAGUUUCAAGAUAAGGGAAUAUACUGUCCAAAAGGAGUGCUUCUUCAUGGACCGCCAGGAACUGGGAAAACUCUUCUUGCUAAAGCUAUUGCGGGUGAAGCAGGACUUCCUUUCUUUGCUGCAAACGGUACUGAUUUUGUUGAGGCCUACAGCGGCGACGGCGUCAGAGGUGAGACCCUUGGUCGCAGCGUCUUAUGUUGCGCGGUCCGUGGCGAAGACGAAAGGAGAGAGAGGAAGAAGAUAGCUUUUGUUAUGGACAAAUUUAUAAAGAUAAAGUGGUUAUUUCACGCACCCCACCAUUAAAAAAUUAACGGUGGAUCAAACAACAGAAACAAAUAUAAAUGUAUCAGAACUUUUGGAGGAAUAUAUUUGCAAACCAUAAAAUUUUCAGAGAAAUAAAUCUGAUUACUUAAGUUU